UCGACGACAAACAUAUCACAGGACGAUGAUCUUCUUGCCCAGGACCAGCUUCAUGUUCUCCUCGGUGGUGGUCGUGUUCCUUGUGGGCGGCCUGCUGUCCAUAGUUGGGCAGCACAAGCCGGGGCCUGCUGUUUCAUUGCUCCAGGAGAUCCACUCCCUGAAGCUGAAUUCCACGGUGUGCGUCGACCCCGAGGCCGUCGACCGCGCUUCCACAGACUUCGGGCUGAUUACGCGAGCCGUUCCUGCGGCGGUGUUCCGCCCGUCGUCGGACAGCGACAUAGCGGCGUUGGUGGGGUUCUCGUACGCGUCGGCUCGGCCCUUCGGGAUAGCCCCGAGAGGCCGUGGCCACUCGGUCAGGGGGCAGGCGCUUGCCCGCGACGGCGUGGUGGUCGACAUGGGUGCGCUGAGGGGCGACGGCCAGGGUCGGAUACGUGUGUGCGGGGAAGGGUGCCGGCCGAGCUAUGUGGACGCCGGUGGCGAGCAGUUAUGGAUCGACGUCCUGCGGGAGACCAUGAAGCAUGGGCUUGCACCCCGCUCCUGGACCGACUACUUGUACCUCACCGUGGGCGGCACCCUCUCGAAUGCCGGCAUCAGUGGCCAGACCUUCCUGUAUGGUCCCCAGAUCUCCAACGUGUAUGAACUGGAUGUGAUCACCGGAAAGGGAGAGACGGUGACAUGCUCGGAGCAGCACGAAGCAGACCUGUUCUUUGCAGUUCUGGGAGGUCUGGCCCAGUUCGGGAUCAUCACGAGAGCUCGGAUCGCCAUAGAGCCAGCUCCAACAAUGGUAAGAUGGGUGCGGCUGAUCUACAAAGACUUUGCAGCUUUCACCAGCGAUCAGGAGAGACUGAUUUCACUGGAGAAGAAGAAGGGGUUCAACUACGUAGAAGGUUCGGUGAUAAUGGCCGAUAGCCUCACCGAUAACUGGAGAUCAUCGUUCUAUGUAGAAGAGGAUAUCACAAGGAUCUCAAGGUUGGCAGCACAGUAUGGUGCAGUCUACUGCUUGGAAGGAGCCAAGUACUAUGACCACGCUACGGCAUCUUCCAUCGAUCAGGAACUCAGAUCGGUGGUGGAUGAUCUGAGGUACUUGCCAGGGUUCGAGUUCAGGAACGAUGUCAGCUACAUGCACUUCCUCAACCGAGUGCGGGAAGGAGAGACGAAGCUUCAGUCCAGGGGCCUCUGGAACGUGCCCCAUCCGUGGCUCAACAUGUUGAUCCCCAGGUCCAGAAUACUGGAGUUCGAUCGAGGGGUCUUCAAGAGCAUCCUCAAGCACAACAACUCGGUGGGUCCGAUCCUAAUCUGCGCCAUGAACAGGAACAAGUGGGAUCAGAGGACGUCGGCCGUCGUUCCCGACGAAGAGGUGUUCUACGCGAUAGGGCUGUUGCGGUCCGGCAUGGACGGGUGGAAGAAUUUGGAGGAGCAAAACGAGGAGAUACUGCGGUUCUGCGACGACGCCGGAAUAAGCUACAGACAGUACUUGCCUCAUUACACGUCUCUUGCGGACUGGAGGAAGCAUUUCGGGGCGAAAUGGGAUGUGUUUGUGGAGAGGAAGAUGAGAUAUGAUCCGAGAGCAUUGUUAUCUCCUGGCCAGCGUAUAUUUACCUCCUCCUUUGCUCAACAUCAAUCCAUGUAAAUACCAGCAUGAAUACCUUAAAGGAUAAGCAUAUUUCUCUCAAAGAAGAUGUAAGAGAGAAGCUCAAGAUUUCCUUUUCUUGGGGAUUAUGUAAAUAUCUUUGUGGUUUCUGU